UGUCUGCGACAUCUCUCCGUCGUCCGCCCCCGACCGACAGAAAGCUCCCUCUCUGGUAGACAACAGCAGCGCUGCUGCUGCUCCUAAACGUCCCUUCGCUGCUUCCCCUCGACGCUACUCCCAAACACAUCCUUCCUUUCUCGCCUGCUAUUAAAUGGCAUCAUAAAUAUUUCGCACAGUUGCCGUUGCCGGCAGCAAGUACCGCCUCCCCUCGCUUCUCUUCCGUCUGCUUACUCAGAGCUUUCUGCUGUUGCUAUCUUCCUCCCCAUUCCCACUACCUUCGCCCAUAUUUUGCACCUCUCACUGUUUUGUCAUCAUUUCUCCUCGAACACUGUCACACCAUUGCGAUAAAAAAGCUACUUCUUUCCAUCUCAGCCUGUACGAUUGCUCCCGUCUUCAAGCGAAACAGGGGCUCUUUUAGCUCCCCCUGCUUCAAGACCCAUCCCAUUUCCCGUCCUCUCAUUUCAGCCGGAACCGAAAGAGAGCAGAGCUCCUCCGGUUGCCAUUCGGCGGAAGCAACAGCGGCGGCGAAGGAGAUGAUCUCCGCCGCUGACCUUUACCACGUGCUGGUGGCCGUGGUGCCACUGUACGUGGCCAUGAUCCUGGCCUACGCUUCCGUGAAGUGGUGGUGCAUCUUCACCCCAGACCAGUGCUCCGGCAUCAACCGCUUCGUGGCGCUCUUUGCUGUCCCCCUCCUCUCCUUCCAUUUCAUCUCCACUAACAACCCGUAUGCCAUGAACUACCGCUUCAUCGCCGCAGACACGCUGCAGAAGCUCAUCGUGCUCGUCGUGCUUACUGUGUGGACCAAGGUCUGCUCCCGUGGCUGUCUCGAGUGGACCAUCACCCUCUUCUCCCUCUCCACACUCCCAAACACCCUCGUCAUGGGCAUCCCCCUCCUCAAGGGCAUGUACGGCCCCGACUCCGGCAGCCUCAUGGUGCAGAUCGUCGUGCUCCAGUGCAUCAUAUGGUACACCCUCAUGCUCUUCCUCUUCGAGUACAGGGGUGCCAGGCUCCUUAUCAUGGAUCAGUUCCCGGACACCGCCGGUUCCAUCAUCUCGUUCCGGGUGGACUCCGACAUCAUCUCCCUCGAUGGCAAGGAGACGCUCCAGACGGACGCGGAGAUCGGCGACGACGGAAAGCUCCACGUCACGGUGCGUAAGUCGACGAGCUCCCGUUCCGAGAUCUGCUCCAGGAGGUCACACGGGCUCAACUCCGGCGGCAUCUCGAUAACGCCGCGCCCCUCCAACUUGUCCAACGCAGAGAUUUACUCCCUGCAGUCAUCAAGGAACCCGACGCCCCGGGGCUCCAGCUUCAACCACGCCGAUUUCUAUUCCAUGGUGAGGAAUGCCAACGGAACUGCCAGCGUCAGCCCGAGGCACUCCAACUCCGGGACCAUGGUGUUCGACGAGGAAAGCGACCUGAGGGCGAGUGGCAUCGCAGCGCCUUGCGGCUAUCCAGCCCCGCCCGCCACCGGAAUAUUCUCGCCGGUCAUGGCGACGAAGAAGGCACGUGCGGCCGAGGGUGGAAAAGACCUGCACAUGUUUGUAUGGAGUUCGAGCGCGUCACCCGUGUCGGAAGGUGGGAUGCAUGUGUUCAGAGACACAGAUUUCGCUAACGAGAAUGGUGGGGCAACUCACGCAGCCGAUCACCAUCACAGAGAGGCCCAUCACGAUGCUUACGAUGUGUACGCCAGAGAUGGCUUCAGCUUCAGGAACAGACCCUUCCAUGGAAUUGAAACGACGCAGAGUGAUGGUCCAAGCCUCUCCAAACUAGGUUCCAGCUCUACCGCCGAGCUUCACCCCAAAGCUGGUGCUGCAGGAAACCCAAAGCCUAAUUCAAUGCCUCCUGCAAGUGUGAUGAGCAGACUUAUACUGAGCAUGGUCUGGCGGAAGCUGAUCAGAAACCCAAACACCUAUUCCAGCCUUCUUGGUGUCAUCUGGUCUCUUGUCUCUUACAGGUGGGACAUAGAAAUGCCUGCUAUUAUUGCUCGCUCCAUCUCAAUACUCUCUGAUGCAGGACUUGGAAUGGCUAUGUUCAGUCUCGGUUUAUUUAUGGCCUUACAGCCGAGAAUUAUAGCUUGUGGCAAUUCUGUAGCUGCAUUUGCUAUGGCUGUCAGAUUCGUCACUGGUCCUGCUGUCAUGGCUGCAGCUUCCAUUGCGGUAGGCCUGCGUGGAGUGCUGCUACAUGUUGCUAUCGUGCAGGCAGCUCUUCCACAAGGAAUUGUUCCAUUUGUCUUUGCAAAAGAAUACAAUGUGUAUCCUGAUAUUUUAAGCACAGCGGUUAUCUUUGGGAUGCUAAUUGCUCUACCCAUCACCUUGGUGUAUUAUAUCUUGCUCGGACUUUGAAGCUCAGCCAUCUAUUAUAAUCAUCAUCGUUCUGACUGAAAUAGUUAGGUUUUGGCAGAUAUAUAUAUAUAUAUAUAUAUCAAUCAUGGCAAGUAGAUUAGAGCACUGUUCGGAAACUAGUGUUAGAUAGAUACUAAACACCUCGGUCUUCUUCAUAUCCUUGUAAUGUUAGUUGAAAGACUUCGCUUUUGAAGAAGAAUCUAUCGGAAUUGCAUUCUA